AUGGCGACUCAAUCUCUUCCCUCCACCCCGAAAGCGACACCUCAGGUGGCUCCUCCCACCCCGGAGGGUACCCUGACCCCUGGAAAAUGGCGACACCCUCAGCUGGAUGAGAUUGUCCGGCGCCAAAAUGCAGCCACAUUUGAUCAGAAAAAUGUGAAGAAGCUGGUUUGGAACGGCGCAGCUUUGAUAACGAGCUGGACAUUUGGAUCAACUUUGAAAGCCUACUCACGCCGAAUCUUUGAUACCAACCAUACGUAUCAAGAAGUCGCGUUAUUGAUUCUCCAGCUCUUCUUCGUUUUCAAUAUUCUAGUGGCGCUCUACCCCCUCUUCCGGCCAAAGGACGACCUCUCCGACAUUCCCCUUACCCCCACCCAACGCUCACUUCUUGGUUUGGAUCCUGCUGCCACACCACCAGCAACGCCUGGGACAACAUUCGUCACCCCACCCAGAUACCGGCUUUCCACUUCACGCAAGGCCAGUCCUGCAAGCAGACAGUCCUCCCCAUUGUCCGCAAAUGCAAGCUUUUCUGAGCGGCGCUCUUCUAUCAGCACACCCUUCUCACCUGCCUCCAGCCCUCUGCUUUACAAAGCGAUGUCAAAUGGGGGCAGGGAAUCUGUCCAGCGCCAGAGCUUUGGAUCCGCAUCCCCUCUGGCUCGAAGUAACUCCUUCGGGGAGUCAACCAUGAGCAUGGCCCCAAGCACGCCUUCUCCACUCAUGGGAAAACGCGGAAGCCUAGGAGUCAAGAACAAGUGGCUGUAUGAGAGGAGUCGGCGGCUUUCGGCCAGUGGAGGAGCUCCCUGA